AUGUGCUUCUUUCAGGCUCUCUGCAAUAAAUUUCAUCCGUUGAGUCGUUUGGUGAACGGUCUAAUUGAGGUGUUCACAUCCUCCUACAGCAAUAUCGGCACUCAUUACGCACUCUACGCAGAAGUGGUACAUGAAUUCAGCAGUAUCAUUGCGAGACUCUAUGCAGUCGUCAGAUUAUUAUUUGUGAAUCUUCCGCCAAGCUGUGAGAUGCAUACUCCUGUACCAAUAUGCGUCGAUCGUGUCCAUACCUCAUGCACAGAAUCUGGUGCCGGAUCAUCCACUCCUACAGCAUCUACCGUUUCGUUGAACUCACUUCUUGAUUCGCCAUCGCCUCGACGAUCAUGUGCCGUUGGUGAUACCGUGAGAUCAUCUACGGCACAUCAUCCGCAUCGUAGUUGUUCGUCACGUAGAUCUGCGCAAGCGGAAGAUCUGUCGGUUCUGACGCCUGCAUGUGAUUUCAUUGUUGAGCAUUUAUUUGCGCAGUGUUAUGCGAUUCUGUUCACGAUCUACUCGGUAAGCUGUGCCGAGGCUGAUCGAAGAUAUUGGGACAGGGUGAUGUUCUUGAAUGCACACACCGACGUGAAACUACUCACUUAUUUAGAAGUGAGCAGGUGA